UCCAGAGAGGAGCUCUGCAGGCUUUGGAGACUGAACCUCGCAGCAAUGGCCGACUGCAGCAGUGUGUUGUGAGGGAGAAGACCAAAAAAAACAAAACAGACCUCCAGCUGGUGAUCAUUUAUGUGUAGCUUCUCCCAGGCUGAAGGAUCCCUUCCAUCUGAGGUGAUGUCCCAGUGCCGGUGCAGGCAGGUCCUGCUCGGAGUGGAGGUGGGCAUGCUGGUGGCGGUCCUGGUGGCCGGCGGCGCCGCUCAGUUCUACGAGAUGAGGGAAGCCGGGUCGUCCUGCUAUGGAGGAUUUGACCUCUACUUUGUUUUGGACAAGUCUGGCAGCGUGCAGCAUUACUGGAAUGAGAUUUAUUACUUUGUCGAUCACCUGGCUCACAAGUUCAUCAGUCCUCAGCUGCGGAUGUCCUUCAUUGUCUUUUCAACAGAGGGACGGAUUCUCAUGGCUCUGACGGAAGACAGGGAUCAGAUUCGAGCCGGACUGGAGGAGCUGCGCAUGGUGCAGCCGGGCGGAGACACUUUCAUGCACAGAGGGUUUCAGAGAGCCAGCGAGCAAAUCUACUACGGGACUGGUGACGGUUAUCGCACAGCCAGCGUCAUCAUCGCCCUGACAGACGGGGAACUGAGAGAAAAUCAGUUUGAUCUUGCACAGAGAGAGGCCAGCAGAGCGCGCCAGCUGGGCGCCACUGUGUACUGCGUGGGGGUGAAAGACUUCAAUGAAACACAGCUUUCCACCAUAGCCGACAGCCAGGAUCACGUUUUCCCCGUGAAUGAUGGAUUUGAGGCGCUGCAGGGAAUCAUUGACUCGAUCCUGCAGAGGUCGUGCAUUGAGAUCCUGGCUGUGGAGCCGUCCAGCAUCUGUGAAGGAGAGUCGUUUCAAGUGGUGGUGAAGGGAAAUGGUUUCCUUCAUGCCCGGGAUGUGCAGAAAGUCCUCUGCAGCUUCCGUAUCAACGACACAGUUACUUUAAUGAAGAGGCCUUUAGUGGUGAGAGAUACUUACCUCCUGUGUCCAGCUCCCGUUCUGGAAAAAGAGGGAACAUCUGCCACUCUCCACGUCAGCAUGAACAACGGCCUCAGCUUCAUAUCCAGCUCCGUCACCAUUACUGCCGUCACAUGUUCUGACGGGACGUUCGUGGCCAUCGCGCUGCUGAUCCUGGCUCUGCUGCUCACCAUGGCUCUGCUCUGGUGGUUCUGGCCUCUGUGCUGCACUGUGGUCAUUCAUGAGCCGCCGCCUCCAGUCAUUGACGACGUCUCUGAUGAUGAGGAUGGUUAUCCGAAGAGGAGGUGGCCCACUGUAGAUGCGUCGUAUUACGGAGGUCGGGGAGUCGGGGGCAUCAAGAGGAUGGAGGUCCGCUGGGGAGAUAAAGGCUCGACUGAAGAGGGAGCCAAACUUGAAAAGGCUAAAAACGCCAAGGUGCUGGUGCCCGAGCAGGAGUAUGACCCGCCGACACCCCGGCCGUACUAUCACAUGCACAAACUGACCCGCUCUAACAAGUGGUACUCUCCCAUCAAGGGAAAACUGGAUGCUUUGUGGGUUUUUCUGAGAAAAGGCUACGACAGAGUCUCUGUGAUGCGGCCUUAUCCGGGCGACAAGGGCAGGUGCAUCAACUUCACCCGCAGCAAGUCCUACCCGGCGCCCCGGUACCCCAUCUACAACCAGCCCUCGGCGCCGGUCUACACCGUGCCGCACACCCUCCAGCGCCGCGGCUCGGAGGGCAGCCAGCUCUUCUGCAUGCCGCCGUCGCCGACCUCGACGCUCCCGCCGCUGCCGUCCACUCCCCCGCCGUCCCAGGCCGGCGCGUACCCGGCGUCGGCGCCGCCGUCGCCCACCUGCUCUCUGCCGCCGCCGCCCCAGGGCCCGCCGCCCUGCAGGGCGCCCCCUCCGUCGCGGCCCCCGCCGCGCCCCAACCACGACGAUCUCUGAUGGAGGAAAGCCAAAGGUUUCAGGACUCUCGUCCGAAAAUGUCCAACCAGAGUAUUCUCAUCACACGAGGCACCUGCUGGAGCAACACGUCACAUCUGGCGCCGUGGACGAUGACUGUUUUCUUUUUCCUUUUUUGGUCUAAAAGUGACCGUUCAGUGUUUAGAAGCACAACUUCGGCUCUUCUAUGGGAAAACCUCAAAUCAUAAAAUUGGGUCAAACAUCGCAGUAGAAGAAUAAGAAUGUAUACUUUAUCUACAGAUUGUGUUUUACAGGGUUUCCUGGUGUCUCGUGUGUUUUGCACAUUGUUCACCAAAUAUCUUGGAAAAGUGUAUAUUUUGUAAAAUACCUUGUGUUUACAUGUAUUUGAUUAGUGGCAGGUUUUGAUGGUUUGGUUUGUUUCAGGCGUCAGAUAGAUUUUAUUUGGGACUGUUUCCACCUCAUGCACACGCCUGAUGUUACUUGGUGCAUCUUUAAGAACAAAGAAAAACGCAUAUUCUCCGUCACUGAAAUCCAGGUCACCCUGGAGUCACUAAACUCCACAAAUAGAAUUUUAAAUCACUUUUAUUAAGAUCUCGUCAAAAAAAAACAAAAAACAAAAACAAAAAAAACACAUGAUCAGAUGAAGAUGGAUCCAGAUGUGUGACGAUGUGUGUGUGUGUGAGCUCGUCUGAGUCCUGCAAAUAUAAAUGUGACUUCUGGAAAGUUACACUACAACCGAAUCUACAAUCAGAAAAUCAGGACGAUGAAUUGAGAUCGAACUUGUUCAGAUCAAAAACGACGUGCAAUAAAUGUGUUUUACCGAGGGAUGAAGACGCGUUUGCUGUUGACUACAAGGAUGUAAAAGAGGAUUAAAAACAACUAAAAGAACAUUUCCUCCACGGGCUGCUUUGUUGGGUUUUUGACACCAAAACCAAUGAAAUGAUUGUAAAAUGUGGUUCAGAUACUUUUGAUUUCUUCACGUUGGUGAGAGGGAACCACAACAAACUGAGAGAAAAUCUGGAAUUCACCGCUCUGUUCCCCAAACUGACAAAGCAAGAAAGUCCGGCUGCAGCGUGGGUGGACCAGACGACGGAGAACAAUAAAAAUUAUUCUUGCUAUUUGUUGAAUUUAUGGCCGUUUCUUUUCACUUUGAGGGGAAGAUGUGGCUCCGUCUAACAAAAAAAGUCCAACAAAAAACCUGGUGUUUGACAUUAUGUAACAAGCCACAGAG